GAAGACAUUUUUAUGACAGAAGAACAGAAGAAAUACUAUAACGCAAUGAAAAAAUUAGGAUCCAAGAAACCUCAAAAACCCAUUCCAAGGCCUCUGAGCAAAUGCCAAGGUCUCGUGUUCGACUUAGUCACAAACCAGGUCUUUGACAUCGUCAUCAUAAGUCUCAUAAUCCUAAACAUGAUUAGCAUGAUGGCUGAAUCAGAUAACCAACCUGAAGCCAUGAAAUGCAUCCUUGAGCGUCUCAACCUGGCUUUUGUAGUCAUCUUCACAAUAGAGUGUCUCAUCAAAAUCUUUGCUUUGAGGCAAUACUACUUCACCAAUGGCUGGAAUUUAUUUGAUUGUGUGGUUGUGCUUCUUUCUAUUGUUAGUACAAUGGUUGCUGCCUUGGAAAACCAGGAGCACAUUCCUUUCCCUCCAACACUCUUCAGAAUUGUCCGCUUGGCUCGGAUUGGCCGAAUCCUAAGACUUGUUCGGGCAGCACGAGGAAUUAGGACCCUCCUUUUUGCUCUGAUGAUGUCCCUUCCCUCUCUAUUCAACAUUGGUCUUCUACUCUUUCUGGUUAUGUUUAUUUAUGCCAUUUUUGGUAUGAACUGUUUUUCCAAAGUGAAGCCAGAGUCUGGAAUUGAUGACAUACUAAAUUUUCAAACUUUUGCUGGAAGCAUGCUCUGUCUCUUCCAGAUAACCACGUCAGCAGGCUGGGAUACCCUCCUCAGCCCCAUGUUGCAAUCAAAUGACACAUGUAACCCCUCCUCAGAGAACUGCCACCUCCCUGCUAUAGCCAUAACCUAUUUCGUCAGUUACGUCAUCAUCUCCUUUCUCAUUGUUGUCAACUUGUAUAUAGCUGUGAUUUUAGAGAACUUCAAUACAGCCACGGAAGAAAGUGAGGAUCCUUUGGGUGAAGAUGACUUUGAUAUAUUCUAUGAAGUCUGGGAAAAGUUUGACCCAGAAGCAACACAGUUUAUCGAAUAUUCUGCCCUUUCUGACUUUGCUGAUGCCCUGCCUGAGCCUUUGCGUGUGGCAAAGCCAAAUAAAUUUCAAUUUCUAGUAAUGGACUUGCCCAUGGUGAGUGGCGAUCGCCUCCACUGCAUGGAUAUUCUCUUCGCAUUCACCACUAGGGUACUGGGUGACUCCAAUGGCCUGGAUAGCAUGAAAGCAAUGAUGGAAGAGAAGUUUAUGGAAGCCAAUCCUUACAAGAAGUUAUAUGAACCUAUUGUCACCACCACCAAGCGAAAGGAGGAGGAGAGAGGUGCUGCUAUUAUUCAAAAGGCCUUUCGAAAGCACAUGAAGAAGAUGAGCUUGUGUGCCUUGGAAGACAGGCCCCAUUCACCACUCCAGACACUCUGCAAUGGAGAUUUGUCCAGUUCUGGGGUGGCCAGAGGCAAGGUCCAUUGUGACUGA